CCCAGUGCAGUCCAGUCCCGUCGCCCCCGUUUCGCACUCGAGUCCCGUUGCAUCUCGUCCCUUUCCGCCCGCUCCGCGCCGCGCAGACACCGGGCCGGGGAGAGGAGGGGGACCAGAUCAAAGCCACCGCCACCGCCACCGCCACCACUGCGUUACUCCCGCCCCACUCCGCUCCGCUCCCCCUCCCCCCGCCGCCGCCGCCGUCUCACGCCGUCGCAGCGCUAGGCGGAGGAGGAGAUGAAGCCCAAGAGCCUCCCGUUCAUCGCCUUCGAGCACAAGCGGGAUGCCUAUGGCUUCGCUGUGCGCCCCCAACACUUGCAGCGUUACAAGGAGUACGCAGGCAUCUACAAGGAGGAGGAGGAGGAGAGAUCCGACAGAUGGAAGAACUUCCUUGAGAGGCGAUCUGAGUCGUCUGGACAUGAUGCGAAGGUUGCACUGUCCGCGGACAAAGUCAAACCUGUAGUUGAGGAGAAUCCUGAGAAUGGAAGUUCUGAGUUGUUGCAUGAGAGGAGUGCACAAGGGACACGUAAGGUUGGAUCAUGGGAGCCAAUUCGGUCAUCCCUGGGCAACAUCGAGCAGGUGAUGGGUCUGCGUGUUGAGAAGAAGUAUUUAUCUGCUGGCAGGCUGCAGUCAAAGGAAUCCACCCAUCUUGUGACAGUUGAAGAGAGCAAGGUGUCAGCGGACUCAGAUGACGAGUUCUAUGACGCAGAUAAGGUUGACCCUAGCCAAGAAGUGCAGUCAGGUGAUGUGAAUGCUGAAAUUGGCAACACCAAUCAAGAAGAAACUUAUUCUUUGAAGGAAGAGUUGGAGUGUCUUGUCCAUGGUGGACUGCCGAUGGCUUUGAGAGGAGAGCUGUGGCAAGCUUUUGUUGGUGUUGGAGCUCGCAGAGUAGAAGGGUAUUAUGGUAGUCUGCUUGCUUCUGAAGGUGAAUUAGAAGAUGGCGGCUGUUCAGAUUCUUUGGCCUCAGAAGGAGUUGAUGAAAGACCUGAAGUAUUGUCAGCAUUUUCUGCCGAAGAAAAGUGUAAAGGGCAAAUAGAGAAGGACUUGCCCAGAACUUUUCCAGGUCAUCCUGCUUUAGAUGAUGUUGGAAGAAAUGCCUUGAGACGCUUGCUUCUGGCUUAUGCUAGACACAAUCCAACAGUUGGUUACUGUCAGGCAAUGAACUUCUUUGCUGGUCUCUUACUUCUAUUGAUGCCAGAAGAGAACGCAUUUUGGACAUUGGCAGGAAUUAUUGAUGACUACUUUGAUGGGUACUUUUCUGAAGAAAUGAUGGAGUCCCAGGUGGAUCAGCUUGUUUUAGAGGAGCUAGUCCGUGAGAAAUUCCCGAAAUUAGCAAAUCACUUGGACUACCUCGGUGUUGAAGUUGCAUGGGUUACUGGACCAUGGUUCCUAUCCAUUUUCACCAAUGUACUUCCGUGGGAAAGUGUCCUCCGUGUAUGGGAUGUGCUUCUGUUUGAUGGGAAUCGUGUGAUGCUAUUCCGGACAGCCCUUGCACUCCUGGAGUUUUAUGGCCCUGCACUUGUGACUACAAAAGAUGCUGGUGACGCAGUUACCCUUUUGCAGUCUUUAGCUGGGUCUACUUUUGACAGCAGCCAGCUUGUCCUGACAGCUCGCAUGGGAUAUCAGUCUGUAAAUGAAACAGGAUUGCAAGAUCUGAGGAACAAACACCGACCAUCUGUUAUAUUAUCCAUGGAAGAAAGGGCAAAAGGUCUAGGUGUCUGCAAGGAGAGCGGACUUGCAUCAAAGCUCUAUAAUUUCAAACGCGAGCCUGAACCGCUGGUGUCAAUAAAUGAUUCUGCAGACCAAAUGAGUGAUGUUGCAGACGGAGAUGUCAACCCAGAGGGUGAUUCUGGAGACAUCGAUGAUAUGUAUGGUGCCCUGACAGUCAAUUCUGAGAUUGAUUCGAUGCCGGAUCCGAAGGACCAGGUCACCUGGCUGAAGUUUGAGUUAUGCCGAUUGCUAGAGGAGAGAAGAUCAGCUGUUCUCAGAGCUGAUGAGCUAGAGACAGCAUUGAUGGAAAUGGUAAAGCAAGAUAAUAGACGCCAAUUAAGUGCAAAGGCUGAGCAAUUGGAACACGAAUUAUCUGAACUAAAGCAGGCCCUAUCAGACAAGCAGGAACAGGAGCAAGCAAUGUUUCAGCUGGUGAUGCGUGUGGAACAAGAACUGAAAUUUGCAGAAGAAGCACGCAUCUCUGCAGAGCAGGAUGCUGCUGCUCAGAGAUACGCUGCUAAUGUGCUGCAGGAGAAGUAUGAGGAAGCUAUGGCAUCGCUUGCCCAAAUGGAGAACAGAGCUGUAAUGGCAGAAACAAUGUUGGAGGCCACACUGCAAUACCAAUCUAGCCAGCAGAAAGCACUUUCCCCUUUGCCUUCUCCAAGAGCAUCUGCACAAGAUGAUUCAUUCCAGGAGCCUCAGUCCAGAAGAAUAAACUUACUUGGACCAUUUUCACUGAGUUGGCGGGAUAAGAACAAGGGAAAACAGAACAAUGCUAGUGACUGCACAGAUGCCAAGGUUACAGAUGCUUAUGAUCACAGGGAAGAAGAACCGAAAAUAGAUGAUGGGAAACAUGGAGAAACACAAAAACCAGAUGGUGAAUGGACAGUAGAAUCACCCAAAGGAAACGACAAGGCGGAGUCGCUGAAGAAAGACAGAGUCCAUAUAAUCACAAAUGAUAUGAACGGGAGGCAUGGACAGUUGCAAGAAAUACAAUUGGAUUGAUAGUUACAAGCUCAUCCUUUACAGUACAUGUUCACCACUGUGGUGUAGGUUGUUGCUGAGGCAACACUGGAUGGCUUCAAGUUUUGAACAACCAUGUAUUCUUUCUCUGCCAUUUAGAGGUUUUUUUGUUUCAUUACUGCUGUGUAGUUGUAUAGGUUCCUAAUUCGCUCUAUUAUUACUUGAGAAAAGAAAUUGGCAAGUUAUAUGGCUGUCCAUUAGUUGUCACCUUC